CAGACAACGUAUCAUUUCGAAGGGAAGCGCUAUCUUUUUUCUCAAGGCAUCAAUAUAAAGUAGUGUAUCUUGGUGAUUGUAGACCUCUGACAUGCUCUCCCCAUUGCGCGUUUCACCAUAGGUCGCACACCAUAUCCCAAGCGUUACUGGGAGUGAGCGAAACAGUAGACCAAAAGAAUGAGAGACAUGCAGGAUAGGCGACUAAACGGGCCUCAUUUAUCUUGUCCGCUUUUAGCAGGAGCGUCCUGGCCGACAGGAACAAACACACCAUCCCCUUCUCAGACCCUCGGCGCUGGUAGAUCAUCAUCAUCAUCAGGCCGCUCACCAGGCUUAAGCUCUUCAUCUUCAGCCCCAUUAUACCCUUCGCCCUCAACGAGCCCAAGCCUGGUCACUCUUCCAAGCACCAACGCCAAAUUUUACAAACCCCUUUGAUGAGCGAGGUUUCCUUGAUGUCUACCCAACCCAGAUCUCUACAUCUCGAGUUUCUUCCGAGGGAGAGGAGUAAUC